AUGUCUGAUCUAACCGAACAAGCCUAUCGUGACGAUGUCAAGGCCCCUAGCGAUCUUGAAAGGGCUUCGUUCACUUCGUAUUCGGACACCGAUGCCGACCUUUUUCUUAAGAACGAGCUUGAACAAGAAGCUGGCCACUCUAUCAACUAUAGAAACUGUUCCUGGCAAAAAACCGCGGGGCUCCUCUUUUCGGAGUACAUAUGUCUUGCUAUCAUGUCUUUCCCAUGGAGUUACUCGGUACUAGGUUUGGGGUUGGGGCUCAUAGUCACCGUUAUCGUAUCGUUGCUAGUACUCUAUACUGGGCUCAUCAUCUCGGACUAUUGUGCUGCAUAUCCGCAUUUGACCAACGUAUGUGAUAUUGGCCAGCAUCUUUUCUGGGGUAAGAGAUGGGUCUGGUACUUAACAGCAUUGUGUUUCUUGUUGAACAACACCUUGAUCCAGUCGUUGCACGUAUUGGUGGGUUCGAAGUACUUCAAUACAAUCAGUGACAAUACCACUAUCUGUUCCGUCGUAUUUGGUGUAGUCACGGCUAUUAUCUGCUUCUUGUUGUCUCUACCAAGAACAUUUGCCCAUAUGUCUGGAGUCGGUUACUUCUCUGCUAUCACCAUGUUCAUCGCGGUUGUUCUUUCGAUGAUCUUUGCUGGUAUCCAAGAUCACCCCGGCGGAUGGGAAGAAGCUACUGCUUUGCCUAUCCAUUGGACAGCUUGGCCGGAAAAAGGAACCUCGUAUGUUUCCAUUAUGUCAGCCGUAUUGAACAUCGUGUACACUUUUGUUGGACAAAUCACGUACCCUUCGUUCAUUUCACAAAUGAAGCAACCAAAGGAAUUCAAGAAGGCUCUUUAUGUCGUUACAAUUUGUGAACUUAUCACAUUUGCAUUGGCAGGUUCAAUUGUUUAUGUGUAUGUCGGCAACAACUACAUCACUGCACCAGCUUUUGGGUCAUUGAGUGGCAACUUUAAGAAGAUUGCUUUCAGUUUCGCUCUUCCUACCAUCAUCUUCCUCGGUUCGUUAUACAGUAAUGUUUCGUCGCAGUUCUUAUUCCAGGAGAUUUUUGACAAGAGCUCGGUUCACAGAAACAGUCACACAGUUAGAGGGUGGCUCGUAUGGGGUGGAUUGAAUGCUAUUCUCUGGGUCAUUGCCUUUGUAAUCGCUGAAGUCAUUCCAUUCUUCUCAGACCUUUUGUCUUUGAUGUCGUCUUUAUUUGAUUGUUCCUUUGGAUUUUUCUUCUGGGCAAGAGCAUACUUCAAGUUGAAGAAGUUGUACUACCAGAAGACUGAAGGUGAAAGUCUUAAUCUCGUUCAGAUUUUCUCAAGAUCGUCGUUGUUGACCAAGUUGGAAAUUAUUUUGAACUUGAUUCUAGUCGUCAUUGGUUUCUACAUCUUGGGUCCAGGUCUUUAUGCUACCAUUCAGAGUAUUGUGUGGUCUUAUGAGGAUAGCUUAUAUGGGCAUCCGUUUAGUUGUGCCAGCAACGGGUUGUAG